ACCACAUUGUUUUUCUCAUUGAAUCCGAACAAAAAACCCCUAAAAAUCAUCGAAAAUUCCAUUUAAAUCCUCGUAAAAAAUGGGAAAGAGCUCCAAUUAUGUAAUCCAGCCACGAGGAAAGGCCCUGUAUGAAGAUGAAUCCAGUUUUGGUUCUCGGAUGCUGGCGAAAAUGGGAUGGAGCAAAGGCAAGGGCUUGGGAGCUAAUUUGGAUGGAGCACAAGACUUUAUUCGUGUACGAUACAAGAAUGACAUCGGUGGCCUCGGGUUUUCAGCUCGCGAUGAUCAAUGGACCGAAAAUGAAUUCACUUUCAAUUCUUUGCUGGAAAACUUGAACAAGGAAAAUGGUCAAGCGGAAGAGAAAAAGGAAGAAAAUACGAAAAUUAAGUCACUUGAACAGAAAUCGAAACAGUCCAGAUCACGAGUGCAUUAUCAAAAGUUCACACGAGGAAAGGAUUUGUCGCGAUACAGUGAAAAGGACCUCGCGAACAUCUUCGGGAAGAAAAGUCUCGAUGAAAGUUACAAAAUUGAGCAAGAAGACGAAAGUAGUUCGGAAAAAUCCACGGAAGAAGUGCCCGAAGACUCGAAAAUUAUCAACACAGGCGUCUCAAUUACGGAUUAUUUCAAAAAUAAACGACUUGCGAUGCUGAAUGGACAGAAAAAUGGAGAGGAAAGUGCGAAAAUUGAAGAAACAGAGACAGUUCAAGGAGAAGAAGAAGAGAUUCCGAAGAAGAAAAAGAAAAAAUCGAAGAAAAAAGAAAGUGAGGAGGUGGAAGAACAGAUAGAAAGUGAAGAAGUCGUGCCUGAAAAGAAAAAAAAGUCAAAGAAAAAGAAUUCAGAAGAAAACGUUGAAGAACCCAUUGAAGAAGUUCCAGUAGAAAAGAAGAAAAAAUCUAAAAAGUCAAAAAAUAAAGAGGAAUCUGAGGAAAAUAUUGUCGAAGAAGCCGAAGAAGCAUCCACAAAAUCAAAAAAACCCAAAAAUAAAGAAGAAACUGAAGAAAACAUCAUCGAAGAAGCUGAGGAACCACAGACGAAACCCAAGAAAAAGAAGAAAAAGUCAAAAACUUCAACCGACGAAGAAAGUGUCCACGUACCUGAGCCCGAGCCUGAGCCAAUUUCCACGAAAAAGUCGAAAAAACGCAAGCUAAAUGCCGAAUCAGACGACGUUCCCGCGGAAAACUCUACAAAAAAGCCGAAAAACGACUCAGUAAGUGCUACAAGAACCACAAUCACAGUUGGCGAAGAUUUGAACAAGUUUUUUCUAGAUGCCGUUGCCGUUGAAAAACUAAAAUACCUGCGACUAGAAAAAUUCAAGGACUCGAAUGUGGCCAAUAUCGUCGGUUAUGGCCUUUCCAAAGACAUAAAACUGGAGGUUUGUGACUCGAGUAUCGUCAAAGGUAUCUCGCAAGUCAACAAAUACUCCAUUUAUGCCAAUGUCGAUAAGAUGCAUUCGAAACGUUAUUACAAAAGUUUGUUGUUGCGGUACCACAAGAAGAGAAAUACAUUUAAAAUGUAACUUUUUUUUAAUUUAAUUUUAAAUCUACAAUAAAAAAAUAUUUUUUUAAACCUGAAAUUAGUCUUCCGAUUUGUUU